GGCUUCGUCCUGCUGGGUGCCCAUUGGCCUAAUGGCCCGAUCCAAAGCUGUUCCUCAGCCGCAACAGUCCCUCCGUGCUUAGUAACCUGCUCUCGCUCUGUGCAGACAACUUGCUCGAUGAAAUGACCAGGUGUGGCAAAGUCCAGCGACCGCAACAAUAUGUGGUUCCAGUUUCAUUUUCCAAUCCCUGCCUUUUGGCCUCUUCACAGUGGCAAUUUCAGGAGAGCAGCGGCACAGGAAACUUCUUGAUUCCCACUGCUAUAAAGCGUUGACUUAUACUCUUGAGCAAGAGGACAUCUGAGUUACUCUUCCAGAUCCAAGAGAAACACUCGGCAAGUUCCAAGAUCCUCUUCUGAUUGAGACUCCUCUUCUGAACUCUGAUUGAGACUAGAUAGAUGCUAGCCGGUAGCCGCAGAUCAAUCAGCAAGGAGGCCAGCCAGUUUGAUCAGGUAUGCGAAGCAGGGUGGAAUUGAGUCUUGAAGUGGCAUACUGAUUUAUCAUUACUCUUCGCAAAAGCAGUAACAAUACAAUGGCAGAGACUGCUAUUCUUUUAGCCAUAAAGAAAAUAAGCAUAGCUGUGGCAGGAGAAGUAGUAAACCUAGCAAAGCCCAUAUUUGCAAAGAAAUCUGGAUUAGUCGCAGCCCUUCCGACUAACAUGGAAUUGGUAAAGGAAGAACUUGAGAUUAUACAUGCAUUUCUCAAGAAAAAUAGUACAAGGGAAUGCAGUGAUACAGUCUUGGAAACAUGGGUAAGGCAAGUUAGGAGGUUGGCAUAUGACAUUGAAGAUGUUGUGGAUCAGUUUAUCUUUAUUGUUGGUGAACAACACGGAAAGAGUUUCUUCAGUAAUUUGAAGAAAGUUGUCAGGAAACCCCAGUCCUUGUUUUCAUUGGAUAGGAUGGCUACUGAGGUUCAGAAACUAAAACAGAGACUCACUGAACUGUCGAGUAGGCGAGACCGCUGGAUACAAUCAAAAGUUAGUGGACUCGAUGUUGAGAUACCAAACUAUGGCAGCAAAGAAGAAGCAUAUCAAUUCAGACACAGUCAAUCGGACAAUGAGGAUGACUUUGUAGGUGUUGAUAAAUAUAAAGAAAUCCUGGAUAAGUUGCUGAACUCUGAAGAUUAUUCUCUGCGUAUCAUUGCUGUUUGUGGUAUGGGUGGAUUGGGCAAAAGUUCUCUUGUUCACAAUGUCUACAAGAGAGAACGGUCGCAUUUUGAUUGCCGAGCAUGGAUUUCUGUUUCACAAUCCUGUAAAAUUGAUGAUAUUUUGAGAAACAUGUUGAAACAAAUGUAUGGCAGCGAUAACAAAAUACAAUUUGAGGUUGCAAAGAUGAAUAUUGAGGAACUAAGAGAAGACUUGAAGAAAGUUCUGGAACAGAAGAGGUUCUUAGUUGUAUUGGAUGAUGUAUGGAGAGGUGCAGUUGCUUUGGAAAUCAGAGAUCUCCUUCUUAACAGUGGGAAGAGAAGCAGAGUGAUCAUCACAACUAGAAUUGAUGAGGUAGCUUCUAUUGCUGAAGAUGCAUGCAAGAUCAAGCUUGAGCCUCUAAACAAUCAUGAUGCAUGGAUUUUAUUCUGCAGAAAGGUGUUUUGGAAAAUCCAAAAUCAUGUUUGCCCUCCAGACUUGCAGAAGUGGGGUGAAAAGAUAGUGAAGAAAUGUGCAGGCUUGCCAUUGGCUCUUGUGGCGUUAGGGGGAUUAUUAUCACUAAGAGAUCAGAGUGAAGCAGAAUGGAAAUCUUUUCACAGUAAACUAACGUGGGAAUUGCAUAAUAAUCCUGAUAUAAACCACGUGGAGUGGAUUUUGAAUUUAAGUUACAGGCACCUACCGAGUUAUUUGCAAAAUUGUUUCUUAUAUUGUGCUAUGUUCCCAGAAGGCCGUCUCCUUAAGAGGAAGAAGCUGAUUAGACUGUGGAUUGCGGAAGGGUUUGUUGAACAAAGAGGAACAAGCAGCUUGGAAGAGGUUGCUGAAAGCUAUCUCAUAGAGCUUGUCCAUCGAAACAUGAUUCAAGUCAUAGCAAGAAACAGUUUUGGUCGUAUUCGGCGUUUCCGUAUGCAUGAUCUUAUACGCGAAUUGGCCAUUAAGCUCUCUGAGAAGGAAUGUUUCAGUUCAACUUAUGAUGACACCUCAGGAGUCAUACAGAUUGUGUCAGAUUCCCGCCGUAUGUCAGUGUUCCGAUGCAAGACCGACAUUAGAUUGACCUUAGAUUCACCGAAACUUCGCACCUUUUUAGCAUUUGACAGAACUAUGCUGCAUUGUUCAUCGUCUCAUUACAUUCCAGCCAAAUCUAAAUACCUUGCAGUGUUGGACUUGUCAGGCUUGCCUAUUGAGACUAUCUGCCAUUCAAUUGGCGAAUUAUUUAAUCUUAAGUAUUUGUGCCUCAAUGACACCAAUGUAAAGUCACUGCCAAAAACUGUGAGUGGCCUUCAGAAUUUAGAGACCUUGAGCCUUGAAAGGACUCAGUUAACAAGUCUCCCUUCUGGGUUUGCAGUACUAAAGAAGCUGCGGCAUUUACUUUUAUGGAAAUUGCAAGAUACUGCACAAUCAAGUUUUACUCAUUCCUUAGGUGUUCGGACAACUGAAGGUCUUUGGAAUUUGAAUGAACUGCAAACUUUGGAUGAAAUACGAGCAAAUGAACAAUUUAUCAGCAAAAUGGGAAAUUUGUCCCAAUUAAGGAGUCUUUACAUUUCAGAUAUAAAGAGUAAAUACUGCUCACAACUAUGUUUGUCUUUGUCGAAGAUGCAGCAUCUUGUGAGAUUACAUGUGAAAGCAAUCAACCAGGAAGAGGUGCUCAGGCUGGAAUCUUUGGCAUUGCCUCCUCAACUUCAGACACUUGAGCUUACAGGGCAGCUGGCAGGAGGGAUUCUGCAAUCUCCAUUCUUCUCAGGUCAUGCAAACACCCUUGUCAGGUUGAGUUUAUGCUGGUGCCAUCUUGCAGAAGACCCAUUACCAUAUCUCACCAAGUUUUCAAAUUUAACAAGCUUGCGUAUGAGGAGGGUGUACACUGGGAAGAAGCUGGGGUUCAGUGCAGGUUGGUUCCCAAAGUUGAAAGGGAUGGCCUUGGUAGACAUGUCACAUGUUUGCCAGAUUUACAUAGAGGAGGGAGCUUUGAUCAAUCUUGAGUAUCUGAACCUUGAUGGUCUCAAUGAAUUAGUUGAUGUUCCUGAUGGCAUCGAAUUUCUCCCAUCCAUAAAGGAGGUACACCUCAGUAGGUUGCAUCCUGAUUUCAUGGGCAAUUUGCAAGAAAGCGCGAGAAUGGGGAGGCUACAACAUAUCCCAGUCAUGUAUAGGAGGUAGAAAGGUCCACAGGGGUCUAUAUGGAUUCUGGAUUCUGGAAAGUAUGCGAAGCUGCUAGUACUUGUUUGGUUUUCCUAUCACUUCCUUAUUUCUUUGUACUACUCGUGUGUAAUAUAUCUAUACAUAUGCAUGACGAUCUCAAUGUUGUUUGUACUAUUAUUAUUUUGCUCUAUUUUGCACAGGCAUCUAGCUCUUGCUAA